UGGAGUUUCCUGCGGAGCAGAGCCAGCGCAGGAUGCGGAGCGGGCCAUGAGCGCUCCCGGGGAGGACGGCCGCUGUCGCAGGGCCAUCAGCAUCCUCAGCGAGCUGUGCCAGAAGAAAAUCCUGCCCAGCUUGGACCUGGACACCUGCAGGGAAUUCCUCCUGCUGCCUUCUGACCAGAGCCUGAUUAUCUCCGAGCCAGAGCUCUCCAUCAGCCUCCUUGCAGUGAUAGUUGUGCUGUGUGGCCUGGCGCUGGUGGCAGUGUUCGUGUUCCUCUUUUGGAAGCUGUGCUGGGUUCCCUGGAGGAACAAAGCCCUUUCCUCCCAGCUGGCCGUGCUGCACAGCGAGCCAGGGGACAAGGACAGCAUGGCAGACAAGCUCAAGGACACGGGGGCCAUCAGCUUCCUGGAGGCAGCUGUGAAGAUCAGCCACACGUCCCCAGACAUCCCUGCCGAGGUGCAGAUGUCCAUGAAGGAUCACAUCAUGCGGCGCACCCGGAUCCAGAGACAAACCACAGAGCCAGCAUCUUCCACCAGGCACAUCUCCUUCAAGAGGCACCUGCCCCGGCAGAUGCACGUGUCCAGCAUGGAUUACGGGCUGGAGGCGCCGGCCGUGGCCGAGCAGCCCACCAGCAUCGGCCGCAUCAAACCCGAGCUCUACAAGCAGAAAACCGUGGACACCGAGGACCCCAAGAAGGAGGCGGAGAAAACCUGCGGGAAAAUCAACUUCACGCUCAAGUACGACUACGAGAACGAGACGCUGACCGUGCGGAUUCUCAGGGCUUUUGACUUGCCAGCCAAAGACUUGUGCGGCAGCUCGGACCCCUACGUGAAGAUCUACCUCCUGCCCGACCGCAAGCGCAAGUUCCAGACGCGGGUGCACAGGAAGACCCUGAACCCCACCUUCGAUGAGUCCUUCCACUUUCCCGUGCCCCACGAGGAGCUGGCCAGCAGGAAGCUCCACCUGAGCGUCUUUGACUUUGACAGGUUCUCCAGGCACGACAUGAUCGGAGAGGUGAUUCUGGAGAACCUGUUCGAGGACUCGGACCUGUCGCGGGAGACUUCCAUCUGGAGGGACAUCCAGUACGCCACCACAGAAAGCGUGGACCUGGGCGAGAUCAUGUUUUCCCUUUGUUAUUUGCCAACUGCAGGUCGCCUCACCUUAACAGUCAUUAAAUGCAGGAAUCUCAAAGCUAUGGACAUCACAGGUUACUCAGAUCCAUAUGUCAAAGUGUCUUUGCUUUGUGAUGGGCGAAGACUGAAGAAGAAGAAAACCACCAUAAAGAAAAACACACUUAAUCCCACCUACAAUGAAGCAAUAAUCUUUGACAUUCCCCCUGAGAACAUGGAUCAAGUCAGCCUCCUUAUCUCUGUCAUGGAUUAUGAUCGGGUGGGCCACAACGAGAUCAUCGGCGUUUGCCGCGUGGGGGUGAACGCCGAGGGGCUGGGCAGGGACCACUGGAACGAGAUGCUGGCCUACCCCCGCAAGCCCAUCGCCCACUGGCAUCCGCUGGUGGAGGUGAAGAAAUCCUUCAAGGAGUGGCACGGCCGGGCGGCGAGCUUCGACAGCCAGGGCUCCUGUCCCUCCCCCAAACCACCCCCCACGCCGUGAUCCAGAGCAGGGACAGCAAAAUGGGACUAAACCAAGUAAUUUGUGCACUUGGCCUUCAGUCUCAGUGGCUGCUGAGGGGCGCUGGCAGCAGCAGGACUUUCCAGUCUAGUUGUUCCUGCGUAAGUAAAGGUAGAAACCGUUUCGUGGUCAAAUAUGUUUUUGUCUAAUAUGUCUCCCAAGGUGAUGUUAUUUUUUGUGGCUUUUGCUGUGGAUCUGUUUCCAGAGGGAGAAGGUGGUGGACUGAGACAUGUGCUGGGAGUUUGGUCUGUAAAAUAAGGUGUAAAAUAGUUUUUAGUGUGUGUGGAGGCUGGAAGGGGGCGAGGAGGUGUCUGCAGAGGGCAGAGGUGGCCGGGACAGGGGCAGUGGCAGAAGGUGGGAGAGACUCUUCCCAGACACCAGCAGCUCCAUCCUCGAGGUCAGCCCAGCCCUGCAGAGUGUCCCUGGGUUUCCUGUUCACGUAGAGGUGUCCAUGAGCUCUUAGAAGUUUGUGCAGUGUGUACCCCACGAUUCCUUUUGUCAUAUAUUUUAAAAAAUGCUGUUGAUUCCUCAGGAGGGGAACCCUGGGUUUUUUCCCCUGUAUCUGAAGUCUCCGCAGAGCUAUUUGCAUGAACAAUUUCUUCAGCCCACUUUGUAGCUGCUGCUCAUCCCCCAGGACAUCCCUGCCUUAUCUGGAGAGGAGGGAACAGCUUUGCCACAGGUGGGAGUCAGGAAAAAAGGGGGAAGAUGUCACAGAAAUGGGUGAGAGCCCUGCAUGACCACUGGAUCUCAUCCAAGUAAUAACGGGUGACCCAAAGGGGAAAGGGAAGUACAGAAACCUGACCACUGCUAAAAAAAGCUCCCAACCUUUUUUCUUAAGACUGUCAGCACUCCCUUAAAGAAUAAAGUUUCUCAGCCCAAUCCCUGAAGGAAGGCCAAGUUCUGGGAAAAAAAAAAAAAAAAA